CGUUUAUUUUGCUGGGUGCGUUAUUUUGAAAGCUUGCGGCAAUCUUGCGGGCUUGCGUACUUGCGUCGCUUGCGUGUUGCGUGUUGCUUCCUUGCGUCGCUUGAUUAGUGUACUGUGGCGAAGUGCGGCAGCCUCAUCGAGCAGUGGCGAAAGUUUUGUUUUGAGUAGUGCAAAGAUAGUAGUUAGUUGAAAUAACUCAUUGGUCUGACUUGUCCAUGAGAGCUCACUAAAAUGCCACUGUCACAUUUUGAUGAGCGGAGUGGUGCUGUGAGUUGCCCAACACCCUGGGGUCGCUGGUGGCAGACAGUGGGUGAAGUAUUUGCCGAGAUUGAAGUUCCCAAAGGCACACGAGGCAAGGAUGUUCGGAUCCAGAUUACUCCUAGACACAUAUCUUGCACAGUGCAUGGAAAGGAGCUCUUUUCUGGGAAUCUUUAUCGCACUGUUGUUGCUGAUGAAUCAACAUGGACCAUUGAGGAGCGACAGCGGGUGUUGAUUUUGCUUGUCAAGACAGAACCCGCUAAUUCGGAAAAGGUGUGGGAAUCGCUGCUUGAGGGACAGUAUGCACCAGAUCCACACAUCAUGCACGAGAUGAUGAAGAAACUGGACCUAGAGAAGUUUCAAAUGGAGAACCCAGGCUUUGACUUCAGUGGAGCCAAACUAGAUAAAGCAUAUGACCGCAUUCCAGGCCUUCAUGACGACGCUUUGGAAAGUCAGGCAAUGGGAUUUCAUCUGCAACAAGCAAAGAGUGAAUCUACUGACAGGACGGAUGCUAAUGCUGGAAGCCUUUCUUAGUGACAAAGUUAUUAGGACCACCUUCCUUGUCUUCCUUCACCAACAUUUGUUCCUUCAUCAGUUAUUGUUUUUCAAUGAUACAUGUGUUGUUUAUAAUUUACUCUCUCUAAUUCUGUGUGAAUGGGUGUGUGAGCAGUUUCUCUCCUUUUUUGGGGGAGGGGGAGGGAAGGGGGAGGGGGGCUAGAGUUCAAGGCCCACAUAAAAUCACUGCAGAUGUUCUAAACACGUAUGGCAAGUUGAACACAAAGAACGCUACUUGUAAGGAGUUGUAUGUAGCAGCCAAAGCUGCUUAUAAAAUGUUGACAGUAAUGUGCAGUGAAGCUGACUGAAAAUCUUAGUGCAUCAAGCUCUCAUGCAUCACUUUGACACCUGUGCUAUCAAGAAUUGGCUUGACUGCAUAGUGUAGCCACCAGAAGUUUCUUGCAUUUAAAGUUUCACAACAUACUAGCAUUAUUUUGUGUAGCAGCAUGGAAAUGGGAUUUUGGUAUUCAUACCAAGGGGGGGGGGGGUAUGGCUUUCUGCACAGAGAAGGUAAAUGAAUGCAACACCUGUUUUUGUAAUUAAUGGCAGAUGUUGACAUGAAAUUGUUUGCUUGCGAGAUCUGUGAAGGGAAGUUAUUGCAUGGCCAAAACCUGUUUGGAAGCCAUCGAUAGCAUUGCAGCAUUUAUGACUUGCCAAACGCUAGCAAAUGUAAAAAUUUCUAGGUUGAUUUUGAAUGUUUAUAUAAAAGCACAUGUUUUGUUAAUAAAAAAGGGCCAGAUAUUUUUUAAUGACUCCUGGCAAUACCUGGCUGACAAUUGCCAAAAUAAAAACAAGGGCAGUUUCACUCAUCUCUGUGUUAAUGUGGACUUCAUGCAUAUAUUACUUGAAGCCAAGACAGUUCUGAUCAGGUUCUUAGCAGAAAGCAUCAAGAAUUAAAUGGCUUCUGAAACCAGUAUCUUGCACAAGUACAGCCAUGCGCAUUUUGUGCUAUAUUGCACAAGCAUUGAAGCAAGGCACACAGAUGAACCACCUGUGCAAGCAUUGUCUGCUGUGCUGUUUCUUUCAGCAAGUAUCGAUCCCUGCCUCUUUUACCUGUGGGGCCACAUUGUGGACAGUAACAGAUAGCAGCAUUAUGAAACCUCAGCUUUCUUUUUUUUUUUUCAACACUUGUGUGUGAUCAUUAUACCUAUAUGGUUAGGUAGCGCACUUUGGACUUUUUGCAGCAGCUUCUACACUUUUUUAAAGUGUAGAAGCUGCACGUUUUUCGUUAACUUUUUGUUUUUGUAUCGCUUGAGUGUGCGCAGAUAGUUUGGUCCUAGAUAAGAUUACGUGGACUGUCGGUUUAUCUUCACAUGUGCAUAAAUAAUCCUUUCACAGGAGUGUGCAAAAUUUUGUCUUUGAUCAGGUGAUAUGAGGGUUGGUUCAUUUCUGUGUCGCUCGGGGGUGCUUGGGUGCAUAUUUAUUGAAGUAUUUUUCCUGAAAGAAAUUCAGUUGCGAGUGUAGUGAGUGUCGUGUCCUUCCUGUUUCUUUUGUCCCCGUCCAAAGUGCGCUACCUAACCAUAUAGGUAUGAUGAUCAGUCACCAACUAGCCCAGCUCUCAACCUUAUUGAACUUGUGUGUGACAAUAAUGUUGGCAAUCUUGGUGUAGCAUGCAUCUUUUUCUUGACAGUGCUUUUGGUUUCCUUCUUUUUAUUUCUUCAAAAGGAAACCACCCCAGACAUGAUGAUGGGGUUUACAUUACCCUGAAAGGAACAGCAUAGCAAACGAUGCUUGCACUGGAGAUGCUGUGGUACUGUCAGCCUCACAGAUUAUCGCCGCCAUAGGGCGCUGACACAGCGUGCAGUCAACGCUCAUGCAGUAUAGGUAGUUAAAUGCCCAGGACUGCAUUUUCGAUGGAGGCGAAAAUGUCUGAGGCCUGUGUACUUAGAUUUAGGUGCACGUUAAAGAACACCAGGCGGUCAAAAUUUCCGGAGCCCUCCACUACGGCGUCUCUCAUAAUCAUGGUUUUGGGACGUUAAACCCCAGAUAUUAUUAUUAUUAUUAUUAUUAUUAUUAUUAUUAUUAUUAUUAUUAUUAUUAUUAUUAUUAUUAUUAUUAUUAUUAAAUACCCAGGAGGCUGUACUUUUUGUUUCUUUGGAAACACCCGCACUGUUUAGCUGUGGUUAAGCAUUUUUGUAAGCAUGUAAACUUGGUGUGUUUCGUAAGAAUGUGAUAACUUGUGUGCUGGUGUUUUCCCUAGUAGAGCAUGCUUUUCUUGUGCUACACUUCUCAAUACUACUCUGUGCUACCUCAAGCUGUUACAUGCCUGACAAGCAAAAAGGAAUUGGAGAAGCUGCUUUGCGCAGUUGUUGGGAAUCUUCCCCUGUGCAUAUUUUGCCCUGUAGUGCAUUAUUUGCAGCAUGGUAUCACAGAAUAAAUGUCCAGUCCACUUUGAAUGUUAAUGUCUCUCUUGAUGAAGUUGAAGAA